ACCACGUCUCUAUCACUUGUUUGUCUGUAUUACUGUAACCCUCGACUCAUCUCUAUCCUAUUUCCCACGAUGCAUUAUUGCCACUCAGAUACCAUAGACAGCCAAAUUCUACAGUGCUGCUCACCAAUUUCUCUAUCUCUGAAUAAAUAGUCCCCUGAAUGUUUCAAUUCGCUUCAUCACGCUAUAUAGCAUCCAUCCAUCCCCCGCGAUUCCGAACUAAGGAUGCACGCCGGGAAAUUGCAGUACGCUUCACCUCUCACGCCGCACCCGCCGACGGACUUGGCUGAUGAAGCGAGCUGGGUGUGGACGCAGAUUAAGGCCGAGGCUCGGCGCGACGCCGAGGCGGAGCCUGCUCUGGCUAGUUACUUGUACUCCACCAUACUUUCACACUCGUCGCUGGACCGUUCGGUUUCCUUCCACUUGGGGAACAAGCUCUGCUCCUCCACGCUCCUCUCCACGCUUCUCUACGAUAUCUUCAUAAACGCUUUCUCAAACGACUCGGAACUCCGGGCCGCCACCGUCGCUGAUCUCCUCGCCGCUCGCUACCGGGACCCUGCCUGCGUUUCCUUCUCUCACUGCCUCCUUAAUUACAAAGGCUUUCUAGCUUCCCAGGCACAUCGAGUCUCGCACAAGCUUUGGAACCAAUCUCGUAGGCCUCUCGCUCUUGCACUUCAAUCGAGAAUCUCAGAUGUUUUUGCUGUUGACAUCCACCCAGCCGCAAAGAUUGGAAAAGGCAUCCUUUUUGACCAUGCCACAGGAGUCGUGGUUGGUGAGACAGCAGUUAUUGGGAACAAUGUCUCAAUACUCCACCAUGUAACCUUAGGAGGCACCGGUAAGAUUGGUGGUGACCGCCACCCUAAGAUUGGUGAUGGGGUGCUGAUCGGUGCAGGGGCAACUAUACUUGGAAAUGUAUGCAUUGGAGCGGGAGCCAAAAUCGGGGCUGGUUCAGUAGUAUUGAUGGACGUGCCUCCGCAGACAACCGCAGCGGGGAAUCCAGCAAGGCUAGUAGGAGGGAAGGCACAACCAACUAAGCAUGAGGAAGUUCCUGGAGAGUCAAUGGACCAUACCUCUUUUAUUUCUGAAUGGUCUGAUUACAUAAUCUGAUAUCUCCAUCACGCUCUGUUACUACUUUCCUUUUUCAUUUCACCUUAUAUUUAACAUAGCUUGCUUUUAUGGCACCAGUAGAUAAUUUUUAUGCACUAGGUGCGGAUGCUGAUAUUUGAUAUCCCAUUCGAUAACAUUGAAAUAGGUCGAAUUUGCCGAGAAUGACGAAGUUAUAACAUGCUGAAAUUAUGGCUGAAUGGACUGGAUUUGCGAACUUAUGAAGAAACAAAGUUACUCUGGUAUAAUGCAUUUUAUUAAUGAAUAAGAAAAAAUAAAAUGAAACAACUAAAAUGGUCCUCGCCAGCCAAUUCAGUCAAAAAUUACCUCCAGGCUCCAGUCCUGCUUUUUACAAUAAGACUAGUAGGACAAUGUUACUGAAGUAUCAAACGGACAUUAAGUGGUCUCUACUCUCUACUCUGCGAUUGUUGUACCAUUUUAGUUGAUUGGUGAACUAUUUAGUUUUUGUAUAGUAGUGAAAUAAAGUGAAUUGUUUUGGACCUCUUUAUGAUGUUUAGUCAAUGGGUUGUAUUCAGUUCCGCUAUUCUGCACGAAACCAUUCAAAGUUUUAUUUAUGCUAUCUUUGUCAUGUUAC